GUCAGCCGGCUCUCCACCAUCUGAAUUCUCCGGCCCUGCAAGUGUGCUUGGUCUUGACCACUCCCAUCAUCCGAAAUUCGGUCGCAUACGCGUAAUCUGGGGUAUUUGGACGGAAAUGGACGUCAUUUGUGUCUGACGGCUCCGUCUUCACCAUGUUUCAACCUGUCGUUGUGGCUUGGCUGCAUUCCUAACCAGCACCCUCAAUCUUGACUUCACUUUAUGGCGCACGCAAAUAAGUAGCCCGCCUUCCCUUGUGUUUCAUUUUCAAGUUCCACUGCUUCUCCUUUUGCGCUCUCCUUUGUGAUCGCAAUAUACCCACUCCAAGAUGACCUUCAGUUCAAGAACACUUCUACUCGCACUCACAAGAGUUGCUUCUGCGCAGUAUCCUGGUUCCCCUGGCGGUGGAGGCGGAGGUAGAGGCAACCCCUUUGGAGGCGGAAACAAUGGAGGAUUCGGCGGCUUCAACAUCCAAGGCUUUCUCAAUCAACGGGAAAAGGUCCUCAUCGCCCACGGCGUCCUCGCAGCUCUUGCCUUCGUAAUCUUCUUCCCCCUAGGCUCAAUCCUUAUCCGAUUAGCAUCUUUUCCAGGUUUAUGGUUGGUCCACGGGCUCUUCCAGAUCUUCGCAUAUUGCAUCUACAUUGCCGCUUUUGGCAUCGGUAUCUGGCUCGUUAAGAACAUCCCCAUUAAUCUCCUCAACCACUAUCACCCUGUUAUUGGUAUCGUGGUGUUCUGUCUGCUCUUCGUCCAGCCGAUUCUGGGGUUGAUCCACCACUCCCAGUUCAAGAAGUACAGCCGCCGAACCGUCUGGUCCUACGGACAUCUCUGGCUUGGCCGAAUUGUUGUCACCCUUGGAAUGAUUAACGGAGGUCUCGGUAUGCUUCUCGCGACUGAGACCGGUUACUUCGUUCCAAGCAGAGGACAAAUGAUUGCCUAUGGCGUCGUCGCGAGCAUCAUGUGGCUCCUCUGGAUCUUCGCUGCUGUGAUUGGAGAGUCCAGGAGGUCGAGAGGACGGGUGUCCGUGGAGACAGGCGUUAAUAAGGAACGAUAUGCGUACGAUACCCGUGAGACGAAUGCCUACCGAAAUUAGUUCAUAAUGGUAUUAGACACCGGAGCCACCGAGUCUGGCCCUAGUCGGAAAUCCGGGGACCAUUAUUGUCGUUGAUAUCUGUGAAUAUGGGACGAAUAUGGCUUCGCUUUAAGGUAUUCCAUUCAUGAGCAGAAUAUUCUUUCCCCUGGUUGGCGAAUGGAUGAUAUGAUCGGAAAAUUGGUGAUGGUUGUGCUUUAUGACUUGCCAUAUUCCAGGCGGUUCAUCUUUUGUUCCAGACAAAAGCCUAUGGCUCUUCAUGCUAUCUUUCUAGGAUAAAUUCUAUACAUAUACUGUAUUCUAUUUCCCCCUAAUUCAUCGUGG